AUGACGAUUGGCAAAGAUGCUGAGAAAUUCUACAUUUACUGCUUACAUAUUGGGGCAUUAAUGCAGGGUGUGAAUUGCGAAGGUGACCGGACGGGGAACGAGGCUGCGGCUUUGUUCUCUGCUCUCUUUUUCCUCUUUGUUGUCACCUCUCCAGCGAUGCCCGUGCGAGUACGAAGCAGCCAACCGGAGGAGGCGAUGCACACAUGGGCCGGAGCUCGCCUACUGCGAUCGCAACCCGACUCUUAUGAUCAUUCCCGUGUGUGGCUCAAGGCUAUGCAUUACGUCCUGCAACUGUGA